CUCUCCAUGAAACCAAGCAACCCUGCGCCAUUACAAGACUCACAGAUUACAUCAUUUGCACCGGCUGUACUAGCUUGAUCAUCACAAUAUGUCCUCCACCAACAGCUGGACCCACGAGAUCGAGUCGGCGGUCACCGCACCGCGCCUCUUCCGCGCUGGCGUCAUGGACUGGCACACCCUGGCUCCCAAGCUCGCGCCGCAAAUUGUUGCCAGUGCCCACCCCGUUGAGGGAGAAGGCGGUAUCGGCAGCGUCAGGCAGUUCAACUUCACCUCAGCCAUGCCCUUCAACCUCAUGAAGGAGAGGCUCGAGUUCAUUGACACGGACAAGUGCGAGUGCAAGUCAACCAUCAUCAAGGGUGGUGGCAUCGGCACGGAAAUUGAGACGGCCACAUCGCACAUCAAGGUGGAGCCGACAGCUAAUGGUGGGAGCGUGGUGAAGGUGGAAUCGACAUACAAGCUACUGCCAGGCAUGGAGGUGAAGGAUGAGAUCACCAAGGCCAAGGAUUCUGUCACGGGCAUCUUCAAGGCCACCGAGGCCUACCUUAUCGCCAACCCGGAUGCCUACAACUAAAUCAAUUGAGAGGAAUCAUACAUGAUUAUGCUG